AUGGCAGCCUCCGUGGAGAGACCGAAGUUUGUUGAUCGGCACAUAGGGUGGAGGUCAGUGGCUGCUGCCAUAUGUCUUAUAUGCAGGAUAAUUGACCGUGUGUCUGAGGUUAUAGGUGGUACCAUCCUGCAGCAUCUGAAACAUAUUCUUCUGGCUGCUCUAGCCAUCAUCGGUCUCUAUCUUCUCUACUACAUCGCAUCGGUCACCUAUCUGCUGUCUGUUGGUCAAGCCAUCUUCGGUUUCGUGUAUGACGCUCUGGGGUAUUUCAGUGCCCUCUGGGUAUGGACUCUGGUCAUUGCUUACGUUCUGGUGGUGAUUUUCUACUGGAACAAAGCAUCCAGCAACAUCCUGCGCCAUGUUUCGCUGGUGGUGUGGAUCGCUGUGCUAUUCCACCUUGCAACCAUCGCUGGAGCCUACAGGGUUCCGCUGUUCAUUUUCCUCGUGACCUUGCUGGUUGUGGGCUUCGUGACAGAAUUGAGGGACGCCACGACGACCGUCGAUGACGAGGGGAAUCGCAGAAUGAUUUGGAAGAAACUUCAGCUGGAAGGCAGCAAUGUAGGACCGACACCGAUAUGUGUUGGUGGCAGCAGCAGCAAUGCAACCAGCAAGGUUCCUGAGACACUGAGGGCUGUCUGGGAGGCAGUGACAACCCAACCUGAGAAGGAGGCUGAGCGAGAACAAAAAGCCGAAACAGAGGCGGCUGACAGUGAUGAUGAGAACGUUGUGGAAGUGUCCAGCGGAGAGCAGCAGGAGGCGGGCGAGGUCGUGGAGAGGUCGACCGUGGAGACGUGCUUUCUCGCAGUGUUCUGGGGAUUGCUCCUCGCACAGCUCUGGAGGCAUCUGUGGGUCGUGUACCUGCUGCCCAUACCCGUCACCAUCGUCGCCGUCAAGCGAAUAGGGUCGUACUUUGAGCUGUGGAGCUGCAUCCAGAAGAAACUCGGCUGCCUCAGGGACAGACUACAUGAGUGGGUAGAUGAGAGGAAAGAUGGACUGAUGCCUAAACCCAUCCGGGGCCUCACCAAGAUGCUUGUAAAGGGGGACAAGAAGGUUAUAGAGGGACUCUACAGCAUGGUGGACCAGUACAUGAGCAUUGUCUCCAUCGCUGUUCUGUUCAUCGUCACCACCCUCGGGACCAUUCUCCUCGCGUUCCAGGUACAUUCGGAAAGCGUCCAUCUUGUGACGGUGACCGGUACUUUCCUUAACGAAACGGUGCAGAGACAACCCAGCCUGAGCCAGUGGCUUCCAGAGCGCAGUGAAAUGGAGAAGCACAUGGAAUCAGCCGUGGAUAGCGCUUAUGUACAUGGCCGACAAUGGAUUGCCACGAACGUGCACAGUCUCAUGUCUCAACACGGCAAGGAAGAGAUGGACGUAGCAAAGAUAGAGGAUGCAAUCUUACAGAUCUGGGACAAGCUUUACGAGUCCUGGGUAACCAGGGAUCAGUCGGUGGGUUGGCGAGCCCCGCGGGGCGUGACAUUAGUCGUCCGUUGGGUGCUGGAGUCGGUCUGGGUUGUCAUCAUGAACAAUAUCAACAUCCUGCUGGGAUCGGUCACCUCCGUCGUCUCGCUCGUGCUAGGUGGCGGCACCGCUCUGCUCAACAUCCUGCUGUCAGUGAUGGUGUUCUUCACGACGCUUCUCAUCCUGCUCAGUGCCAGCGGAGAUGUCUACCUCCCCGUCGCGUGGUUCGGAAGACUGUCACCAGGUGGCGAGAGUGGUGGCAGCAGCAAGAUUGGAGAGGCUGUCAAAGAAGCUAUUAGUGGCGUGUUCAUGGCCUCGAUGAAGAUGUGUGCAUUUUACUUUCUCUACACAUGGCUGACACACACCAUCUUCGGAAUCAACAUAGUCUUCAUUCCAGCAGUGAUGGCGGCGGUGUUCGCGGCGAUCCCGUUUCUCGGCACUUACAUCGCUGCCGUGCCCGCCGCGCUCGAACUGUGGCUCGUCCACGGUCAGCCCGUACAUGCAGCCCUGCUGAUCCUGCUGCACUUCGUUCCCAGCUCCAUCGUAGACCCGGCCAUCUACAGCGAGAUCAAGGGCGGCGGUCACCCAUACUUGACCGGUCUCGCCAUCGUCGGCGGCAUGACGUGUUACGGCCUAGAGGGCGCCAUCAUCGGCCCCAUCCUGCUCUGCCUGCUCAUCGUCGCGUUCAACGUCUACAGCACGAUGCAGCGCGACGCCAAGAACAUCUCCUAAACGCCGUAGCCGCCAGGGCGCGCCACUGUGCAGCGGCGGCGACGUCCAUGUUGGGAAUUUCGCGCGAGCCGGGAUUCGGAUGAAACGGGAGAGUGACUUGCAAGUCUGUGGCAUAAGCUAGGUAGAGACGAGAUAAUUCGAUCUGGUUGUUUGUAAAAUACGGACGUCCCCGUUAAUGAUGCAUCGCUAGUACGGAUUCUAUCCGCGUGAAAUUUGCAUUUCAUCUUGCCAUUUCCUGCUAGCCACAAAAGGUUUAACUGCUUCAACGCACUUAUAUAUAUGUAUAAACAUGUAUAUAUAUGCAUAUUUACAUGUCUUUUAACUCUUCACUAGCAGGGUGUGCACGGGUAGGACCUUCCACAGAAAUUAUAAAAAUAACAAUAUAUACCUUUCUAUAUGUCUACAGAUAUGCUGAGAAUCGAAUGAAUUUAGUUUGUGCUGCUAUUAGAUUUAGGAUUGAGUGCUGAAACAUAUAGCGUGGGCAUUAUUGGAAAUACUUUGUAAAGUACAACAGAGAAGUUGAAAUGCUCCAGUAGGUUUGGAGGUAGGUGAAGUAAUGAGCAUGAAUUUGAAGUACCAAGCAUAAUGUUUAGCGGUGUUUAGCAUGAAUUAUAUGUAUAGCAUACAUCUACAUUUACUGCAACAUCUAAUGUACAAUACAGCGUAAUACA